AUGGAGCGCACGCGGUCGUUCCCAUCUUGGAAGCCGAGCCCAAAGAAGGAUGGCCCGCACGACCGCGGGAUGGGGUGGGGUGCUCGCGGCGGGGCCCGCACGGCCGGCGUCGAGACCGGCCCUCGCGUCCGCGGCGUGGAGCGGGGCGCUCGCAGCGGCGCCCGCGCUGCCGGCGUCCGGGACGGCCCACGCGGCUCCGACGCGGCUCUCUCCUCCCUCUUCUCGCCCGUGGCCGGCAAGGGCUCCGCGGAGGCUCGAGAUGGGGGCGGCUGCGGCGCCUACACUCGUGCCCGCAUGCUCGCCGGCGGCCGCGGUGGAUGCGGUGCCCACACGCCGGUAGCGAUGGCCGGGGCGCCGGUCGUGUUGACCGGGGAUGCCCCCAGCGCUGCGCCUUUCGAGCGUCGUCGAUUCGGCCGUGGCGGCACGAAGAGAAGAGAACAAGGAAGGUUUGGGUGGCAGACAAAUGGGUCGCACUGUAGACUAAAAUGGUCGUUCCAUUCGUCUGUUUGA